AAAACAUUAGAUCUUUAUCAAAAAAAAAUGAAGAAACGAGACGAGUAGCGAGGAAAUCCCAGUAGACAAUUUUCAAAUACGAAAAGAAAAUACCACGCGUGGUUUGACGCCGAGUCCGAAAAUAGCUGAUCUAAUAAAAUUUUCACAGUCGCAUGGCGAGUAACAAUUUCUCAAUUGUAAUGCGUACAAGCGUCGUCCGCCCUUUAAUACGACUCUUGAAUAAUUGAUAUCAGAUAGGUUUAAAUUUAGUCUGCGCGAGCGUGUCGCGGUCAGGUGUAACGCAAACUCUCGCAUGUCAGGUGCAACGUCGACGAGCGAGGCUGCUGGCGUAGUUUUCGUUGAGAAAUCUUUCGAGGGAAUAUCGGCGUUUGGCCGUUAGAUCGGCAGUCGGAAUCUUUGAUUAUUCGUAAAGUCUGCGAGGAAGCGCGCGGUGUUGAAUUGAUGAAAAUUGCCGGCGCGGAUUGUGGAUUUGAAAGUGAAACGCACGAGCCGAACCGGUUCGCGUUUCGUCGACGAUCCAACUUCGGCUGAGCUCGGCUCUCGGAUCUCGAAUCUCUGACGUCAAGGCUUGCUCACCUCACCUCACGAUCAGCAACCAUCAGGCACUGAACUGUAAACAUCUCUGUGUACCAGCCUCCGUGCGCUAGCGGUGCUUAAAUAAAUCAUGAAUUUCUCAUCUGUUGAGUGAUUAUUCGUUUCUACUCGCCCACUAAACGGGGAAGGAUAAAAUGGGGCCUACGAUCAGACUACUUUGAUCGUUCAAUAACUUCGGGAUAUAGGGAAAUGAGCACUUGAGUUAUUGUUGACAACUUAAACACAGUGUGGAUACGACGCACUUGUUUUCAAAAUGUUGGUGCGAAGUAGGAAGUAUGAUAACGAAACAUUGGACGUUAUCAACAAAGGAUGUCUCGAUCUUUAUGACGGAAUAGCGUGCGGCAGGGUUAGCAUCUUAGCUCUACUUUGCCUCCUCACGUUCUUCUUGAUCGUCUUAAAACUAAUAAAAUACCAUGCGUGCAAGCACUCCCAGAUGCAUCACUAUGCAAUAUUUUACGUAUCGGGGAUAAAAUGUAUUAUUUGUGCCACAAGUUUCAUCAUCGGCGUACGAUAUCCUCAGCUGGAUUUCACUGCAAAUUUCCUGAAACUAUUACAAUUCAUUCUGAUAUGCCAUCUUCAUUGGUCAUCUGCGGCCAGAGCUCGGCAUAGAGAUGACAUUGUCCAGCACGUCGUCAACCCAGUCCUGUCCCUUUAUAUACUCUAUUGUACCACAGUGGUUUUAAUGGGCAUGGUCGACAUUAGUGGAACCUGGACAGAGUGCCUUCGUCCCUACUGGCUCAUGCUAUCAAGCGCAGAUUUUAUUACUGUUCAAAUGUUUGCAGUCGUUGCUCUCUACCUAACACAUAGCAACAAUCGAUCUGUCAUUUCAACACUCAUGCUGCCUACUGCUUCAUCUCAAACUAGAGACCUGUGGCUUGUCACGGCCGUUUAUGAAAUCUCCGCAGUUGUUUCUGUUGUCUUUGACGCUGUCAUGUCAUUGUUGGGCAGAGAAGAAACUGGUUGCAGCGGUAUUUACAAUCAUGCACAAAUCUACUACAGCGCAUCAAUUGUGGUAGUAAUGAUUCUAAAGUACCUUUUACCGACCUGGACGUUACUCUCUGUUUUUCAACCAGCUCGUGUGAAGUCAAGACCAUCUGAAGUCGCUUUGACUUCACACUACAAUACAGAUGGAACUUGUUACAAUCAAUAUCGAAGAAUGUUCUUUUCUCAAAACGGAGGACAACCAACGUCAAUGUCGUAUCCAACAAUUCCUUACCCGUCCGAACCUCCGAUGUAUGAAGGAUUUUGUGAUUACUCGUAUCCCGACAGUUCCCCCGACGAAUCGCCAACAAUUGACCAAAGAAAAGGGGUAGACAUUGAUGAUGCUUAUGAAAAACAUUUUAUCAGCAUUGAUCAGCAUAGAGAUUGUAUACUUGGUAACCAGUACAGAAUUGAUAACAAUAGACGAAACUUGCAACGUAGUUUAGACAUGGAUGAUGAUAAUGAUGAAAUUGACAAACGAGCCGCACUUAAAAACAGUAAUUUAACAACGAUUAGCGAAGAGGGUAGUAAUAACCUUGAAAGCCCUCAAGAGUGAUCGGUUGCUCAACAAUUCUAAGUCAAACCAGUACCCUAGUUUUAAAAGUGCCUAAUGCGGUUAGUGAGUUAUUGUGCUACACAGUUGUAACGUAUCAACUACCAACCAUGACGAAAAUGGUUAGAAGUAAUAUUCGGAAAUGCCAUGCACACAUUUGCGAGUCACUUUGCGGAUGCGAUAGCAUCGACCAUUAGUUUUACGUCUCGUGACAGUACUUUUGUCGUUGAAUGCGGAAUGCGUGAAUCAAUUUUGAAUCGAUCGAUUUAAUGUACUUUUUUUUUCACCAAUGCUAUAUACGUAUGUGAUAUCUACAUCAAUGCAUAUGUAAAUAUAGAGGUAUGCAAAUCUAUAUGCAAAUUUGUUGAUAAUAGACGAGUUCUGUAUUUCACUCAAAAUGCUUACCGUUCAGAUAUUUUCAAGUAUGAAAACAUUCGUGGUGAGAAUCUCUAUGAGUCUGAGCUACUUACUAAACUCAGCUAAUGCAUGACUAAUCAUAGGAACUUUGUAAAGGGCUUGUAACAUUGGCGAUACUAGGAGAAUAAGUUUACGAAAUUGAAUCGAAACAAUUUUACAUAAAUUUGUAUCAUAUUGAUCUGAAGUUGAAAACAUAAGACUUGUUUGAUAUGAAAUUAACGUUAGAGAUAGAAUUAGACGUUCCUGUAGAAAAUUGAAAUUUUUUUUAUGAAAUGUAUUUUCGGCAGGUAGUAUAAUAGUUUUUCAAAUUCACCCAAGGUUUUUUUUUUUUUGUUUGUCAACUGAAAGUCCUGACAUUUACCGUGUAAACUGUUGCAGAGGUUAUUCCAAAAAUAAGCUGUGAUUCGUUUUCUAAAGAUUGAACAACGAAAAAAAGAAAUAAGUUGCAAAAGCAUUCUGUAUAUCACAGAAGUAAAUUUUUCGGCGAUUCUUCGAUUGAUGUAAAUACGAUGUGAAUAUAGAACCAUCGUUAUUGGAUGAUCUAUAUACAUUUAUCAAUAAUUAGCUGUGAAGUAAUCGUAUCGCUAUUGUUUAAAGUAGUUUUAAUUACCUUAAAAUAGAAUACUUCCAUACUCUAUAUAUGUAUAUGAACAACGUGCAACAAGUUUGGUUGCUUUGUUUCAAGACUGUCUUCAUGGAGAAUUAUAAGUAAUUAACUGCUAUAAGAAUCUAUGACAAUUAGGAGUUAAGUAAUUACGAAAAUAGAAGUGAAUUUUCAACUAUUACGUUCUUAGCUUGAUAAUUAUAGUUGCAUAUAGUUAUAAUUGGUUCUAGUAAAGAGUAUCUUUAUUUCUCUGAUAAUUUUAAGCAACGACUCUCCAGUCCAUAAUAGCUCGAUAUCGAAUUUUACUGUACGUACAUAGAUACAAUCGUUGUUUCUUAUCAUUUAUAUUUUUGUUUUUUUUUCCUGGUAUCUUUAGUUUGUUCCUAUUCAUAUUUCUAUAAAAUAGACUAUCAUUUAUGAAUGACGUACAUAGAAUGCAUGUUCAAUCAAGUUUUUAUUCUCAUUCUUAAAGUGCAUUGCAAUACAUGAAGCACAUAAUUUUCGCAAGCGGAAAUAAAAUUCUCGGAAUGCACUGGUUGUGAAUUGUCAUACAUAUUUGAUGAAUUAAAAUAGGCGAACUCAAUCUUCUAUUACAUAUAUUCAGUUGAAUCGAGUUUAAAUGAAAAAACUAAUUUCUCUAAGACUUAGUAGUUAAGUACUCUAACAUAUUAGAUCACACAAGAUAACUAUACAGACAUGUUGUUUAAGUUAAUCAAAUUGUACAGAUAACGAUGAACUGUGUAUUUAAUCGUGAGCGAUUUUUCUCAGUUGUUUGGUACUAACUGAAGCAUAUAUUCAACAAUAAUUUCUCAGUAUCAGAUUUUCAAAUUUUUAAUAUAAUUAGCUAUGCUCUAAAGAAAAAAAAAAAAAAGAGAAAGCCAAAUUACUUCAUUUUUUUAUCAUACCGAUAAUGAUUAUAAUUCCUCAACUGUCACAUCGAGAUGAUGAAAUCGAAUUUACCUGUGUUGGCAGUAAAUUGCAAUUGCUCGGCAUUGAAUGAUGAAAAAAAAUGAGCUUGCAUAUUAAUCUGGCCCUGCAUAUAAUACAGAAAUCGAGAAAUGAAUUGGAUGUGUGGUGUACUCCAGUGAAUUGUAUUCAAUAUAAUAACACGUUCAGCUAUUUUACGCUUGUAACAGUUUAUCUGCAACAUUCUUGACUUUUUUGUUCUACUGUCAAGAAUAAAUAUCGCGCCAUAUAAUUUUUCAAACUUUACUGUAAUAACACGUCCUCGCAGUUCGCAGCUGCAUUAUUGAACAUCACUUUUAAACUAUUCCUUACAAGCUUACCGGAUGAAUAAAUUACCAGCAUAUAUGCAGAUAAUAUUUUCACAAAACUUGAUAAUCACAGCCGUCCAAAUUCCAAUUUCUAAUUGUUAAAAAAUUUCCGCAAAUUUAACAACAAAUAGUGAACGCUGCUGAAAAUUAAUAACGUACAUUACAAUUAGGAACAAAAAUCCACAAAUUAGGGAAAAGUGUAUUGUAUUAUAAUAUUCUUCAUUAAUUCAUACUACGAAUUGAAUGAUGUAAAACGUAUACAAUUGAAGCUUAAUCUAAACGAGCAUAUGGCUGUUUUGUGGUGUACAUAUUUUCAUUCCAGAACGAAUAGAUUUUGAUUUAUUGGUAUACAUACACGUAGUAUAUAUAUCAUAUAUAUAUACAUAUAUAUGUACGAAGCCAUAUGUAUGUAUAUUCUUAAGAUAAGUGCAAAUCAACA